UCGCCGGGGCGCGGUUACGGCACCCGCUGUAGGGCCUCCGCUUCCCGCACUCGGCGCUCUUCGCGGCGGCCGCCAGCGCCCCUGCCCGGAGCCGCGGCGCGGCGGCCCCGCCAUGGAGCCCCCCGCGCUCGCCGCCGCCCUGGCCGUGGCGGGGCUGGCGCUGAGCUGCUGCCGCGAGCCUCUGCUCUCCGAAUGUUAUACAGCAAAUGGGGCUGACUAUCGUGGCACUCAGAACCAGACCGCCCAGUAUGCAGGGAAACCUUGUCUUUUUUGGAAUGAGACCUUUGAGCAUCCUUAUAAUACUUUGAAAUAUCCCAAUGGGGAGGGAGGGCUUGGAGAGCAUAACUACUGCAGGAAUCCUGAUGGAGAUGUCAGCCCAUGGUGCUACAUUGCAGAGCACGAGGACGGAGUAUAUUGGAAAUAUUGUGAGAUUCCAUCAUGCCGAAUGCCGGGGAAUCUAGGGUGUUACAAGGACCAUGGAGAGCCACCGCCCUUGACUGGCACCAGCGAGACCUCCAAUAAACUUACUAUCCAAACAUGCAUCAGUUCCUGCCGACGUCAGCAAUUCAAGUUUGCAGGCAUGGAAUCAGGUUAUGCCUGUUUCUGUGGAAAUAAUCCUGACUACUGGAGAUACGGGGAGGCAGCCAGUACGGAAUGCAACAGUGUUUGCUUUGGAGACCAUACUCAGCCUUGUGGUGGGGAUGGCAGAGUCAUUCUUUUUGACACCCUUAUUGGUGCCUGUGGAGGGAAUUACACUUCUGCUACAGCUGUGAUCUACUCCCCAGAUUUUCCUGACACAUAUGGUACCGGCAGAGUCUGUUACUGGACCAUACAAGUUCCGGGAGCAUCUCAGAUCCACUUCAGUUUUGCCCUUUUUGAAAUCAAAGAUGCUACAGAUAUGGUGGAAUUGUUGGAUGGCUACACCUAUCAUGUUCUAGCUCGUUUUAAUGGCAGUAAUCGGCCUCCCCACUCCUUUAGCAUCUCUUUGGAUUUUGUCAUAUUGUACUUUUUCUCAGACCAAAUCAAUCAAGCCCAGGGUUUUGCCAUCAGAUACAGAGCUGUCAAGGAAAAUGUACAUCAAAACAAGAUUCCAAUGAAUCAGACCCUUUCAGAGAAGAUAAAUGAACAAGCAAAUCUCAGCAUCAAUGCAGCCCGGUCAUCAAAGAUACUUUAUGUCAUCACAACCAGCCCAAGUCAUCCUAGCAGCUCCAUGCCUGAGUGGACAAUAUACGGUCUCACAGCACUCCUCAUCUUAAGUGUUACAGCCAUAUUGGCAAAGAUAUUUCUCCACAUUACCAUGAAAUCCCAUCAGAUACGAUCUGCCACUGAAAUAGAAGAUUCCCACCAGGUUGCUACUGCUGCUGAGAUCUGGAGUAUUUUUUAUGAACCUUCCACCUCCAUAUCCAUCUUCAAGAAAAAGCUUCGAAGUCAACAAGACGAUCACAACCCACUAGUGGAAAACUGAAGUGUCUUUCAUUUUUCAAGAUUAAUCUUCUUAAAAUCCAGGUGAUUUGGGAAUAAUCCUUUUUUUUUUCCCUCCCAGUCUCAUACUUGUCUUCCAAAAACUCCAUUUCCAAAGGCCUUUGAAUGACUUUUCCUAUCUGUUGUUCUCUUGUGUAUACUAGUGACAGCAGAAUUAACUGCUGCAGUAAUUCUGAAGUAUCUGGUACUCAUCAAAUCUGUCAUGCUGUUAAUUACUGCCUUUAAACCAAUGCACUUAAAAUACAUGUAAAAAUUUUUAAAAUUCAAAAAAUCCUGCACACCUGCCAAAAGUAACUGAAUGAGUAUUUACAGACUGAGGACUUUUUGUCUUCCUAUAUUGCUAUGUUAUAUCUGGCCAUUUUAGUCCCAAGGUUGAACACACAGAGGUAGGUAUCGAUAUCGGUUCAGCUACCAGAGCAACAAGAGGUUACCUGGCCUUAAUGUAAGUGUGUCUAAACGGUACUGCACAGUGAAAUGGGAGUCAAAGACUCUGAGAAGAUAUCAGCCUCGGUGUCAGUGUUCUGCUAUUUCUACUUGUUCUGUUUCUACAAGCAGAGAUACACACACACACACACAAGCAAAUCAAAGUCAGGAGGUAACUGCUCUACAGAGCUUCAGCUGCAAGUGUGAGUUUCCAUGGAGUAAUGCUCACCAGCUCAAGGUCUGCAUGAGCAAUGAAAAGUUUUAAACAAGUAUGUCUCAGCCAUCAGAUUCGCUAGUUAUGAUAAUUUUCUUCAUAUUCCUGAGUCUGAUCCUUUCCAUAUUCUGAUCCUUUCAGAAACUAUCUUACUCCAGUCUGAAAUCCUCCAUUCAAUCUGGAUGUGAAUGUAGGGUUUCUCAAAGAAUUGUUUAAGGAAAAUGUAAACCCACUGAAAUUCUAGAUAAUGAGGCUGACGAUAACAGACUCUUACACUGAGGUUAAAGCUUACAGUCCUUAUAGAGUACAGUCCUUACAGAGAAGAGGGCACUGUAGGUUUGCAAUAAUUAUUGAAUGACGGCAUAGCAUAAUACUGUCCACAUGAGACAACUAGGCAGUAUAAGGCUAAAAUCACUAGUUUAUAGCCCACAAAUGUCAGAAUAGCAUGUAGGUUUCUCAGAAGACCACAACAUGAAUAGGAGUCUUUCGAAAAGGAGUUAAAUACCACAAACCAAAACACUGCUGAAUGCUUACACGAGCAUGUUUAUGUUGCAUACUGUCUUGAAAGGCUGUGAACUAUGAGAGCUGUGUGACCACUCGAACUGCCCAGACCCUGAACCAUAGUGUGCAUAGUUGUACACAUACAGUGAGCUGCUAUCAAGAAAGGAUGGAAAACUGAAGUGCUUUGCAACUUGCUGGAUGAGCAAAUAGAAACAUGUCAGAAAAAGACACACCUGCUUCUCUUACGGCCCUACCAGCAUGUCUGAAGUGCAUCACAUACUUCCCAGACCUUGUAAACCAGACUUAAUACAGUGGCAUAUUUAGCCUCAGCUAGCUCGGGCUGCCUUGUCCGUUCAUUCCAGCCCACUGAACCACACAAGGAAUUGGUGGAAUAGUUGGGCUGUGCAUCUGGUGAGUGGCACAAAUAUGUAAUGCAAAUAAUCAGAGCAAAGCUCAAAUCAGACAGUAAGAGAGGAAAAUAACUGCAAGGGACAAGAAACAGCCAAGUUGGUAAAAAAAUCAAUAAAUGCAUCAGAUGCAAAAGGAAAAAGAAAAGGUGGGUGUGUGGUGGGGGGGAGGUAGCUGCUGUUUUAGGUGGAAGGCAGUUUUGAAUAGAAUUACCAAUAGUAUAAUGAGCAAAAAAGUUCCCUCUUAUGCUCUUUGAUCCAGAGGAUGUGAUAAUACUAUCAUAGCUGCUUUUAGACUCAGCAGUAUUGCACAAUAGCUUUUCUUCUGGAACCUUUGGAAAUGCGUCAGUGGAUGCUUGCUGUCCCUGUGAGCCUAUGCUAUUUUGUUACAGAGUCUUAACAAUUCUUCAUUAUUCUCAGGUAUGACAUAAAAGACAGGAGCCCAAAAAUUGGCUCCAGGACAAUUACACUAAACUUCAUCCAAAACAAACUGAGAACUGUGCUUUAAUCUGAGCAAGACUGUAUAAUUUCGCAGCAAGCUCGCUGAUGGCAAUCAAGAUUACUCUUUAUCCUGUUUGUAAUUAAGCUGAUUGGUAGAACUGUCUGUCAGGAGUUGCCUUCACAGCUUUUGAAAGGUAUGUAGAAAAGAUGAACAUAAUUUUAGACAGGAUCUGCAGGCUGUCCCACCCUGCUUUUGAUAAUAUGUUUUUGUCUUCCACAUCCAAACAAGCACUAGACUCUCCUGUUUAAUUCAGAAUGUUACCAACUGGAAUAACUCUUCUGCUAGAUGCAAUUAGCAGUGAAAAACAGGAAUAGGAAAGGGAAUGUAAGAUGUUAGAAUGAUAUUAAGAAAGCCAGUAAAAAGUAUUUUUUGAGCAGGAUUCCUAGUCCCUGAGCAAUAGAUUUGGCAACAGCCUUUACUUCUCUUGUUAUUUACAGUAGCCAAUGAAAUAUUGUGUUCUCACACAGCUACUACCACCCCUGCAGCAUCCCACUAACAGUCUGUUGUCAGGGAUACUGCAAUCCAAAAUUCAGUGUGUCCUUCUACAGUCUCAGGGGCUUGCUGCAAAGGCUGCUCUUCGUACCAGACUCCCAUCGCAGCUGACGAGAUAACAGCUUUGGCAUUGAUUAGGAGGUCUCCGCCAGAGUCCCUCUGCCAGGCUGCUGCUGCUCCUCUGUGAAAUUUCCACAAAAUCAUAGUUUCUUUCUGUUUCAAAACACUCAGGCCUGCAGCCAACACAUCAGAUUUCCUCUUCAGUGCUGGGACUUCAAAGAAAAGCAGAUGGAAAACAUGCUUCUCAGCAAAAAGUCUUUAGUACCAGCAAGGUAUUCUUAGCUUUCUCAAUUGUUUAUACGGUGGCAGCCUGCUAUCGACAGCUCGCUAUGCCAGGCUGUGAUCCCGUCAGGACGAUCUCGUCACAGAGAACAAGGUAACACGGUUGCCCUGAUACUUAUCUGUGAGGAGAAAAAGCGUCUCCCUGUCUGCACAACUAAAACUGGACUGCGGUUUUAAGAAUAAUGCCCUUAAUUGUCACAGAACUAAAAUAUCAGUGCGGACUGGUCUGUGAAAUAAUUUCUCUUUGCUCACCGAACAGCACUAACUAUUUUUUCUCUUUGGUGGACUCUCUGUCCACCUACAAUGCUCAAACACCUGACCUGACCAGUGGGAAUCAGCAGUGAGUCUUUCAGCCUCAGCAAGUCCAGACCAGCGAUAGCUAGAAAAAACUGACAAAACAGCACAGUCAAAUAAAUGGAUUGAAAAAGUUUACUGAGGGAGCAGCUUCUGAAGCUAACUCAGAGGGGAUUCAGUGAGGGCCCGUAAAGUAGAGGAAUUCUAGCUAACAGGAAAGGAAUAAACACUAAUUUAAACAUAAAGCAAUGGUCAGUAUACCAGAGGAGAGUAACUACUAAAUGGAUCUGCAAAAGAUAACUAAGAAAAGUAAGAAAAUUGUUACUGCGUUUUUAUUCAUUACAGAUGCCAAAAACCAAAGUGCAGAUGCUUGCUGUUUCCCUCCCCACCUUAGGGCUAUCAAGUUCCUAGAGCAACAGGGCAUCUAAGAGCUAAACCAUACAACAUUGUGCCUUAGUUGCCAUUGUAGACCUAGUCUUUUACCUGAACUGAAUUCAAUCCAGCUCCACUUACGUACCAGAGAUGAGUGCCAGAGACAGCUGAACAAUUUUGAAAUAAGUGCUUAGUAUGAACAAGACUUUUCUAAGCCAGCAAUUACAUUCUUGCACAAACCUGCUGGAAAGAUUACGGGGAAAGAUAAUUACAGUACCUCCAAAAAUCAAGAGAGGUAGAAGAUUUGUAAAAUAUAUUGAUUCUCUCUUACAUGUCAAUAGGUUGGACUUUUUUUCAGAAUCAACCAGAAUUCUAAAAUUCCCAUUUUAAUACUCAGGGUUCGCAUCACGCUGUGUAGGAAAAGAUUCCUCUUCACAGAUCUGUAGAAAAACAAAGGAAUUUGCUUCUUAUCCAUGCUUAAUAUGGUCCACCAGUGGAGAACAAAGCAGCUAACCUAAGAGGAGAGAGUCAGAGAGUAAAGCUAGGUCCUUAACAGAUAAGUUAGGAGCACAUCACAGAGAAACUUCAUUUUCUUGCCUUAUCAAAUGUUCUUGAGCAGUUAAACGUCUAAUACCAGGAAAUAGAGGAACAGAUAGAAAUGCAUAGAUAGAGUCCCUAAAUAGCACUUCUUUCUUACAGGCUUGAGGUCAUAAACAGCAUGUAGAUCUGAAGUGGAUUUUUUCAAAAUGUGGUGUGGUCACUUGCAAUCCCAGUGCGUACGACCAACAUAUAUGGUAUCCAUUAGCACAGCACAUUGUGAUCCUUGCUGUAAGGGUUCAGGAGAGAAAAAGGAAAGCCUGACAUACACAUCUGCUGCAAUCCCGCACAAUGCACAUCUAGCACUCCCAGGACACUGGCAGCCGAGCUCUCACAGCUGGAGGGCGCACCUCUGCAGAUGUGAUCAUGCUGGUGCUUAUGGCAUUUGCUUCAACACAUCAAAAAUAACUGCAGCACAGGAUUUUGUCUGGAAUUUUAACUAAACGGCCUUCUGGCCUCCUACCUAGCAGCUCCCUCAACAGGCUGGGCAGGCUGCAAACGUGACAUUGGCCACACUUUCAAAAGCAACCCUUCUGAGAAGGCAAUGCUCAGGAGGAGCCGCCUCCCCGCACGCACACAUGCAGCCCCUGCACUGGGCUCUUCCUCACCCUGUUGUGCUGGUACGGCUGGCUUGAGGUGUACGAUAAGCUGACCAGGUUAGGAAUCGCCAUCACUUUUUCUUCCUUGAGUUGCUUUUAACACAAAUGAGUUCUCUGAUGUUCAUUAGGUGGUGGCACAGACAGGUGAGCUACCAUAGCUAAGGGGACAACAGCCCACAGGAAGGAGAGGUGUGCUGAGCCACAAGCAGGGGCAGUGAGCCCUUAAGCUGGCACUGCCACCAAAGCCACGUUGCGAAACUGCCUCCUUACUUUGUGCAGCAGGUAGUCACGGUAGUCUGCAGAACAUUUGGACCCCAGGUGACAGGAGCCAGCUGGAAAAGUGGCCUCCCUAAUUCUAAAUUCUAGUUUAGUUUGUUGACUAAAUGAUUUUGUAUGUACUUUUGUCUUAAUAUUGUAAUGUUGGGGGGGGGAACAGAAAUGGUGUUAUUUAAAAAUAUAAGUGUGAUGUUAUCUACAGUAAUAUAUAUAUUUAUACAUGUAUAGGAAAUGCACUAUUUAAUACAGCAUUUUAUAUGCUUGUAUCUUGCUAACAUCUCAUAGGAAGAAAAGCUGUUAGCUUACAUUUUGGGAAAAAUAAACGUUCUUUACACUGUCAACAGAAACAUUUAAAGAUAAUUCAUUGGUAUAUAGGUGACAGAAGAACACUAAACACUCAAACUCACAGUUUUGUGGCAGAAUAGAUAGAGAUGAAAUAGUUGCUCAAGGUACACAUUCUUCCCUCGAUUCUCAUUUCCAGCUUGUCAUGGUAUUAGGCUGCUUGUCAGAUUCCACAAAUUCACGUGCAUAUGCAUUACCCUCAAGACCUUUAUAACUUCAAACACUUCAUCACCUUUUUCAAUCAAGAAUUAACAACAUCUUAGUUAGGGCUAGUUUCUGUAGCUAGCUAAGGGACUUUAUCACAUUGCUCAUCCAGACAACCCAACGGUCUUGCAGAAUUAUAGUCACUGUGUUCCAAAGCUUCCUUGGCAAUAAUAUAAAUGGGAGGUUUUUACUGAUAGUCCCGGAAACAAUGUCUGUACUGAAUCUUAAUCCUGUAUGACUGUAGGCGAAACGCAUCAGCAGACACUUGGCUGCCACUGGACGCGAAUGACUAGCUAUUCCAGUUUCAUCUUCUGCUUAAUAAACCUUCUCAGGCAGUGGAAAGGACUCCCAACAGAUUUUCUAGCACACCGCUUUGCCUCAAGACAAGGUCAAUUACAAAAAUAAUAGUUUCUGACAAAUACUUGAUCAACUAGUUCUUAAUAACUUGCAGCAAUGGUAUUUCUUCCCAUGCAAUAUAUCCCCAUGAUAUGGUUUCAUCUGAAUAUUAAUUUAGAUAUUUUUGAGCAAGCUUAUCAUUCUGCUACCUUGAGAUUCUGAGAAGGAAAAAUAUAAUUGCCUUCCGAUUGUGCCAUUUUUCUAUGAGCGCCCCCCCGAAUUAAUGCAACUCAUACUUUCUCAACUUUACUGAGCAAUUGUGUUUUGGGAUGCAGUCUGGCAUUCUGAAUUUCAGUCUCAAGACAAUUUACUGUAAAUCCAGACGAUAUCGCAUGAACCAAAUAAGACUGACAAGAAAACAGAACAAAUCAAACUUGAAAUGACUCACCACUGAAAUACGUGCUAUGUCUAUAUGCGGUCAUCCUGCAUUCAGCAAAUAGCUGUAAGUAAUAAUUACAAAAAAUUAAAUGUUGUGAAUUUCUGCAGGAGGAGCUCAGUUACCAUUACUAAAGGGUAGCAAAAUACUGCAUGAUGGAGGCAGAAACUGCUGCAGGUUCAUCAGCAGAUCACAGCAGGAUUAUUUUCUGUGGAGGUUAAGAAAGAAAAUUUGAGCUGAAAACACUGAGAAUCAUUACAUAUACAAAAAUUGCUCUGAAAAGCAUUUUCUAAGGUAAUGGCUAAUUGAAAGUGUUCAGUUUAUAAACUACUUGGCUUUUUUAGCUUAGUGUUUAGGCAGCUUCAUCAUCUAUCAGAACUAGCUGUAACAACUGUUCCAAGGUUUUCUCUACAACUGUAACACUCAUUUUACUAGCUAGAGGUAAAGCUGUUUCCACUUGUGAAAUUGAUCUGUCCUUUCAGUAAUUCUUCCUUCUGACCAAAAUAAUGCUUCACUCAGAAAUCUUCAACUGCAUUUACGUAGAUGUCUGAAUACCAGUGUCAGAUACUGAAAUUGCCUCCAGCUUUUCAUUUGUCAGGACUAAUUCCUUUUUUCUCAUUUUCUUUUAGAAACAAUAGUGGCAAACAGGUAUUGGCUUCCUCUUACACAGGGGGGAUCACUUUGCUCUCUUUUCUUACUAUUCAGGUUAUAAGACUCCUCUUAUGCUUCUGUCUAUUCUGGGAGCUGUUGCUUUUUUGUUGUUGUUUCCUAAGCAUCAGGUUCAUUCCCCAUGGAGGAAACUUUUUUUUUUUUAUUCUGAAAGAGACGCUUUUCUAUGAAGUGUUUAAGGCCCAGAAGCACAGAGCUGCUACUUCCAGAUAAAAUAUCUCAUUUCAGGUAUUCUGUUGUCUCCCCAGACAAAGACUUGGGCCAGGCUGACGCCACACAGUAUGAACACAGCUGUCUUUUUAAAAGGCACUCCUCCCUUGACACUACUAAACAGGGCCUGUAGGCAUAAAGAAAACUCUUAAAUGCUGAGCACCAAGUUCUGUAGAUGCAACUGUGCAAAACUUAGGUAACAACCAAUGUUUUCUAACAGCAGUAAUAGGAUUUGACAGAUGCACCUGAUAUAGCUGCAGCAAAAAAGAGCAUACAAAAACACCAUUACACAGCAUAUUAUCUCAUUAAGAAGCUUCUGCUCCUGCUCUUCUUGUUUUACAACAUGAAGGUUCCAUGUGGGUUUAUGGUGCCCACAAGACUUUAAUUUUGCCACCAAGUUAUUCCUUAAACAUUGAACCUCAAUAAUGAAAGGAAACUCCCCAGAAUAUCAAAAUACUCAGUUUUUUGACAGCAACUGCUUACAAAGUCAUUUAAAAAAAACACAGCAAAAAAGAAAUAGAACCCAUCCACCUACCACCCACCCCUUAAAUAAGCACUGCACUCAAGUUCAGGCAAACUAACUAUAGUUCGGCCAACAGUCCAAAACCACCUUUCUCCUGGAGACACAGUAGGUGUUCACUGAUUUUGUAGCUCAGCAAGGGUAAAGGCAUGUCAUGUUCCUAAAAGCACAAUCCUCUUCACGAUCAAUCUCAUGGUUUUCUUCACAGCAAGACAUGAGAAGACAAAACACUACUCAGCAAUAAUAAAUUGUGGGGGGCAGAUGGAUAGAAGAGGAAAGAGAUUCAGAAUUGACCUGUCAACAUAGGCAUGGCAGCCAAACACAUAUACCCCAAGUUUCAUGAGUUGUUGUUGUUAUUAUUAUUUUUAAAAGAGUACUCAAUGAGCAAUUUGCAAAAUGUGUCUUAUUUGCAAAUAAGACGCAUUUCACUAUAAACAUCAACAAUUGCCAAGAUUCCUGUUCUCCAAGCAAAAAAGGAAGUGUACAAUGACUGGGAAGCAUACAUUACCUGCCAAUGCUGGUUAACUCCCUCCUGCCAGUUGCUCUUCCAUUACUGUGACUGUCUUCUCAUACAGACCAAGCUUCCCCAUAGCACCUGAGAUGAGGAUGCCAAGUGGAUUCCCAAGUGAUUCAGGAAAGUCCUGUUCAAAAAUGACACACUUUAGCACAACAGCCUGACAUCCCAAAGAUGGAGGUGGUUGAAGCGAAGGAAGGCUGAUUUCUUGGGUGAAUUCUGAGAGGUGACUGAACUGCAGUACACUUGAACAGGCUUAGAUAAGAGAGGAAAAAAAAAUCCAGGGGAUUACCAGGUAAAAAUGUAUGGGAGAAGGAAAAACCUGGAGGAGGAGACUGCAAGGGAUUUAUUUUUUUUCCUGUAUUGCUGGAUGGGAAGUAAGUAACAUGUGGAGACAAGCUAUUUAAGCAGUAACAUAUAUACAUAUAUUAUUUAUAUGUACAUACAUACCUAUACACUCACACAGAGGUAGCAGUCCACUAGCUACCACAUAUCUCCAAGACACACUCUUUUGUUGUCCAGCCUUCAUGAACAUCUCUGGUCAAAUUAUGAACUCUGCUGACAAAAAGAGAGAGUAGCACAAUACUGAUUUUAACUUCCGUGGGACCAGGGAUUUCAUCCUCCAGACUGGGGUCUAGCUUGACUACUCAACAUGAAUCCCCCAGUUACGUCCAUCUGCAUCAUGCUGGUUCAGGUUUUGAAACACUUUUAGUAAAGGACAAUAAAUUAUUCUUUGCUGAAAUUGAAGCAGAAAUCAGCUGCCCUGCUACAGGCAACAUGCAGGUUCCAAACAUACAUGAGGAUGCCUGCCAACAGGUAUGUGCCACUCAUCCUGUGCUUGGAGUGAAACCUCAGGGGCUUAAAAGACCCCUUCAAGUGGCUUGCAUACUAUACAAAGACCCAAGCGUUGUCCUAUUUGUUAUGGACUGACACACUUCAGUCUCAACAUCACCGCUUUUCCUUCCCUGUUCUGCCUAGCAGAGCUCUUCAUUCCACUUUUUCCACAGCAUACUCUUUGGUGCACUACUUUCCCAACGCUUUUCUUUUCCUUCUCUACCCCACAUCUUCUUUGCCUUCCCAGUUUAAUUUUUGUUUUCUUGCAAUGAAAAUAUCUAACUUCCUCCCCCUCAACAGCAAUAUCCGCCAGGUGAGAACACGGACCCUGAAGCAACAGGCAGCCUCAAAUAACUGGAGACUAUUAGGAAAGCAGCUAAAAUUUUCAAGUAAUGGCUUUACCCUAAGCAAAAUAUACCAGGUUAAAAAAAAAAGAAAAAAAGAAAAAAUCUGCUUGGUAUCCAAAUGUGGCACAUUUGCUCUAAAGACAGAGCCUCCCUGGGGCAAAAAUUGCCUAAGUCUGAUAUAUUCGAAGUGAGGUAUGAAUAGGUAAGGAACAGGUUAGUGUGGAACAGCUAGCUAAUGUUGGGUUUUCUUAAUUAUGUAUAGAUCUUUGUAUUUUAAUAUUUAUUGACUGAUAUCCCAUUGCCUGUUGAUGUCGUAAAAAGUGAAUUUUAAAGGAAUCAGUUGCCUGAAAAUUGAAUGGUCCUAAGACAGAACAUUAUGGGUUGGCUCCAAAAAAAGCGCUUCUAAACUUUCUAUCACAAUCAUUUUUGCUAGGAUCUGUAUGUGUGUGUACAUGCAUAGAUUUUUUUUUUUUUAACACAAAUGAUUAUUGCUGAUAACAGCUCAUUUCAGUGCAUCUAGGACUGUAUGUUGAGAAACACAGCUAUCUGUGUCCUUUCCCCACCAACAAGAAGGACAACUUCCACAUGUAUAUGCAAUAAAACUGUAUUUUUGUGUG